AUGCCGUCCGCGCAGCAGCCUCCCAUCCUCGCAAGCUCUUCUGAGCCAUCCUACUCCCCGAUCGCGGCUAGCGCAUCAACAAAUGCGGACGAACGGCAUGAUCGCUCUUCCUCUACCCCGACGAACUCGUCCCGACAGGGGGGUGCUAGCGAAAGGGACAAGCCUCGUUUGACGGAGCAGGAAAAGAAGAACAACCACAUUGCCUCUGAACAGAAACGACGCGCAGCAAUCCGCGAAGGCUUUGACCGGCUCACCGAGCUUGUUCCUGGCCUUGAGGGCCAAGGACGCAGCGAGAGCAUUGUUCUGAAGAAGACGGUCGACUUUAUCCGCCAACAAAUCCAAGAGCGUCAAAAUCUUGUUGAAGAAAUUGAACGCCGAGGAGGUCAUCUGCCCCUCGUUCGCAACUUUCCACCUACUACAAAAUCUACCACCAUUUCUGAAACGCCCAAGGGAACAGAUCAACUCACCAUGCCCGACGAUAAAAAAGAACCGCUCCUCUCCACCUCGGACGAUCUACCCCCGGCCUAUGAAGCCACAACUCCAACACUCGUCCCUUCAAAACGCCAACUCCCACCACCCCCGCCUCUCCCUCUUCCCGUGCUCCAAGACCUUCGCAGCAAGCGCGUAGUCCUUGCCUCACAAUCCCCGCGCCGCCGCCAAAUAAUUUCCUACCUGGGCCUGCCUAACAUCGAAAUUAUCCCGUCCGACUUCGCCGAAGACCUCCCCCACAGCCUGCAACCCUUUGAAUAUGUCCUAGCAACGGCCACGCAAAAGGCGCAAGAUGUGUACGCACGCGAGAUCGUCAACGAAGAAAAGGGCGAACCCGCGCUCAUCUUAGCAGCGGAUACGAUCGUCGUGGAGCCUCAAUCGGGUAGUAUAUUGGAAAAGCCACGCUCGGAGGCGCACCAUAUUGCUAUGCUCAAGAGUUUAAGGGAUACGAAGACACAUAAAGUCUAUACGGCAAUUGUGGCGAUGGCGCCGCUAGAUAGUGCGCGGGAUCCCGGGUAUGCGAUUGAGACAGCGGUUGAGGAGACAAAUGUCAAUUUUGAUGGCGCGGUGACGGAUGAGUUGAUUUUGGCUUACGUGCGGACGCGGGAAGGGGUUGAUAAAGCGGGAGGGUACGGGAUGCAGGGACUGGGGAGUAUUUUGGUGGAAAAGAUCGAUGGGAGUGCAGAUAAUGUUAUUGGGCUGCCGUUAAAGACAACAUUGAAGGUUAUUGAGAAGGUUAUGGCGAAGGCAGAUGAUGACGAUCUGUUGGGAGGAGAAGUGGAAGGGGAUGGGGAGUCAGAAGAAGAUUGA